AUGUCUGUCAGGAAAAACAUGGAAAAUACUGCCAUUUGGCAAGUGUAUGAGCAGGAGACCCCUAACAGCAUCACACGUUUUGACCAGGAGCAGAAUGUCCGUCUGGAGGAGGAGUUAAGGCUGGACCACUUAUGUUGGCUGAAGGAGGCCUUUGCCAAUCACAUGCCUUUGGAGGGUGGUGAGGCGGGCCAGGAUGUGGGGCUGGGCCUGGCACGAUUCCACAGGAAGGAACCCAAACGGCAGCCGGGAAGCAUGACACUGCGGGAGUUCCAAGAGACCCUCACUGACAUGCUGGGCUCUGAGAGGUGGACCAGUCAGAUGGAGUUGCUCUUCAACAAGGUGGACACGUCGUGUGACGGCUAUGUGGACUGGGAUGAGUUCUGCACCUACAUGCUGCUGCAGUACAAGGAGAAGGACUUUGUGAGCACCAGGAGAGAGACCUUCCUCGGGACACAGCCGCUCAUCAGACUCUGCCUGCACAACAAGCAAGAAGUGACCACUAGGAUCCUGGCGGUUCCCUCUCCCCCUCCUCUGCGGUUCGUGAGUGUCAGUAAAGCGAGUACUCUGACUGUCUGGGACAGCGACCUGCGUAUCCAGAAAUCAUUUGAGAUUGUCUCGGAGUCCAAUGAUUUCCGUAGUGGAAGGAGGAGGUUUAAGACGUGGACCACAGAUGCCGUCUACAUGCCUAACGUCAACAAGGUUGCUGUGGCAACGACCAGCAGGGACAUCCACUUCUUCGACGUUUCCACAACGAACCUCUUUGAGGAGUUUCACUUGUUUGCAAUAAAUAAUGUGCCAAACUCUUUAUGCUAUUGGUGCAACACUAAGUCUCCAGCCAGCCCUUCCUUGUUGCUGUGGGGUGAUGAUGUCGGGGGGGUGAACUUGAUGUGGUUUCUGAAGCCCCACACAGGCAUGUUUGAGACACCCUUCACAGAGGAGCAGGGUCCUCAGAAAGUAUUCAUGCAGGAUAUCAAGGACCACAACCGCCUCAUCACCUAUCAGAUCAUCCCCCACGUUCACCAGGAACCCAUCUCCAAAAUAAUGUACCUGCCCAAAGGUGACCUCAUCAUUACAUCAUCAGGGAGUGCCUCCACUUCUGUGGUCAUCAUGGACCGCAACAGGAAGAACAAGAUGUACACCUGGAAAAUCCACAAGGGCGUGACGUGCUUCGAUUUCAGCAAGCCCCUAAACCUGCUGGUAACAGGGGGAAUGGAUCACAAAGUUCGCCUGUGGAAUCAGUACGUGACGAGCCAGCCCAUUGCGGUUCUUCAUGAGCACUGCAUGAUAGUGCAGGACGUGGCCAUCUACGAACCACUUGGACAGAUAUUCAGCUACUCCAAAGACGCAGUUUUGAAGGUGUGGGAUAUCUCGUCCCAGCAGUGCCUCAGGACCCUGGUGCUGAAGUUCCCGUGCGUGCAGGCGGGCCGUGUCCUGGAGUAUGGGGGCUUCCCUUUCCUGCUGCUGAAAGAGCUCCCCUGUGCGCUGCUGGUGUCCUGUGGGGACUACAUAGGCAUGCUGAAGCUGGAGCAGGGAGUAUCUGGGGAAGAUAUGCUCUUCACACACAAUGCCAAGCUCUCCACCGCUAUUUAUAACCCCUUCUUCAGACAGGUAGUGACUGGCUGUGACGACUCCACUGUGGCUGUGUGGGACGUGGAGACGGGGACAAAGUGUCUCCAGCUGAAUCACGUCCACGGGCAAGAGGAGAUCACAUGCAUGUCCUUCGACACCACGCAGAGACGGCUCGUCACAGGAGCCAGAAACGGCACCAUUAAGGUCUGGAACCUUCAGAAUGGUCACAAUCUUCACAAGCUGGAGCCUGUCGCAGAGGCAGAGGUGACCAGGGUCCUCUGUUACCGGGACAACAAGUUCCUGGCUGUGGGGUGGAGCCGCCAGCUAGCAUUGUAUAACACCACAGACCACAGGAACACCUAUGUGGUGGCAGAUCUGUCCUGGAGGGGUGGUCAGCUCCACAAGGAGGAUAUCCUGGCUGCAGACUCCUGUCCAAUCCUGGAGCUGCUCGCUACAGCCAGCUUCGAUGGGGACAUUAUCGUCUGGAACACAGAAACACAGCAGGUCCUAUUGUACCUCAAGAGGAGUCCAGACAGACAGUCCCCACUUGGCUUACCUAGCCACUCCUCCGCAGACAUAAGAAAAAAAGUGACUAACACCAGACCCAACUCCAGGCACUGUAGCAAACACAGCUGGGAUAAGGGGGUCCAGCCCCCGGUUGAUAAGCUGCUGUUUCUCCAGCGUCGUGCAGCUGCCACGAUGUGGAAUAACAAACCAAUUCUCAUCAGCUCUGAGGCUGGCUCCCUCUACUGGUGGAGGGUCUCAGGAUCACCGUAUGAACAAGGUCAUUUUUAUGCCCCGGAGAAGCCUGAUGAAUCUGUACUGGGGUUGUCUACUGACGAGGAGAACAGACUUCUAGUGUCAGGAGACACCGCUGGGUGCAUCCAAGUGUGGGAUAUCGCAGAGUAUGGGCUGCAGCCCAGAGACAAGGGGCCCUUGAAGAAGCCGUCUUUGCUGUACAGUUGGAGAGCUCACGACAGCACUGUGGUGAGCGUGGAGCUUCUCAGCUACGAUUCAGAGUCCUUCCUAGUAAGUGCCUCUGCAGAUAAGACCGCCCGGCUCUGGACUUCUGAUGGGAAGUACGUGGGGACCUUUGGACAGGAGAAGAAGUGGAGCCUGAAAAACCCAGUAACGUACCAGCACCCCCGGGACCCUUGGGGACAGGAAAUUGAGAUUUUGGAUACUGAUGGAACCGAAACAAAACGUCAGGCUUUCAUCGGCCUCCUGCUCAGUGAGAACAGUGCGGCUCAGAGGGGUGAGCUGAGUGAGACAGACUCAGGAGCUGGGGACCCUUCACCCCUCAAGACAGAUCCCUUGUCGCCUUCAGAGUCUAAAAAGGCAGACAACUUCACAAUACCUCCUGUUUCUUCUCUGGAAUUAAGCCAUUUCCUGACACAAGAAACACUGAAUAGCAAUGACAAACUGUUAAAGAGUCAUCUGGGAGUGCAGGUGGAGCAAGGCCUCUCAAGGAAAAUGGCCGCCCGACAGGAGAGGCGGUGCGUGUUUGGAGACAUAGAUGACAACAAACUCAUCAGAUUUGGCAACAUGUGCACACCCUUUCAAGCACUGGCUACUCCAGACAUGCUGGAGGUGCAGUUGCUCAGUGCUUUGCCCAUGAGCUCCUGGAUGCUGAGCCACGGGCUGGCCUGUGUGAAGGAAGCAGAUCUGGAGACUCUGCCGCUGUCCAGACAGGAUCUGGAGUGUGAAUCCGGAGAGGAAUCUGCCAGAGCCAAAGGGAAGAGCAGGCUGUCCUGGAAGUAACUGCCAUUUUCAGCCACUCCAAACAGGAAAACCCCAGGCUGCAGGAACCCCUUCUUGACAAAUCCUGCAUCAUGUUUUAUAGUGACUUAUUUUAGUGUUACCUGCCCCAGCUGCUGUUUCCAGACUCCUUCCACAGCUACGCCUCAGUAAAGAUUUAGGAGUUUAUCCAGGCAAGGAGCAAAAACACUCUUAUUAUAACAGCUAUAGUAGAUACAAUACUGCAUGUUGUAAAAGCAGUUUCAGAUCAAUAAAGGCUAAUUAUUUUCA